UAUUCAAAUCAAAAAAUUGAACACACUGCGGCUAAUCAAUAUUUAUCCAAGAAGAAAGCAACAGUCAUCAAUGGAUUGUUCUGAGCCAUCUUCAUCUAGAGCUGGCAGUUCUGAACCACAAAGCAUGGAAUUUUCGGAUGAAAUUCAAUGGCGAUUUUCUCAAAUAAAAGGAAAUAUUGAAACGGAUGAUGCGCCAACUGACGCAGAUAUAAUCUCCUGUGUUGAAUUUUCUCAUGAUGGUGAAUUGCUCGCAACUGGAGAUAAAGGGGGCAGAGUAGUUAUUUUUCAACGUGAUCAAAGUGGUGUUUAUUUAAACGGUGUAAGAACUAGUGAAUACAAUGUUUACUCAACAUUCCAAUCGCAUGAACCUGAAUUUGACUAUUUAAAGUCUUUAGAAAUUGAAGAAAAAAUAAAUCAAAUAAAAUGGAUGAAAAAGAAAAAUGCCGCAAAUUUUAUAAUUUCAACAAAUGUAAAACUAUGGAAAAUAUCAGAAAGAGAACGAAAAAUGGCGGACGGUGGAUAUAAUCUGCGAUAUGAUGAUGGGACCCGAAGGCUCAUAAGUGGUUCACCGCUUCAAUUACCAAUGCUAGUCCCAAUGGAACUUAUUGUAGAAGCAUCACCUAGAAGGGUUUAUGCAAAUGCACACACAUAUCAUAUCAACUCAAUCAGCAUCAAUUCAGACCAAGAAACAUUUAUUUCAGCUGAUGAUCUUCGAAUAAAUUUGUGGAAUCAUGAAAUAACAAAUCAGAGCUUUAAUAUUGUGGAUAUAAAACCAACAAAUAUGGAGGAAUUGACUGAGGUAAUAACAGCCGCUGAAUUUCAUCAACAACAUUGCCAUCUUUUUGCAUAUAGCUCUUCAAAGGGAAUUAUACGUCUUUGUGAUAUGCGGGACGGCGCUCUAUGUGAUGGACCAGCAAAAAUAUUUGAAGAAAAAGAAGAUCCAGCAGCCCGUUCCUUCUUCUCUGAAAUAAUAUCCUCAAUAUCUGAUGUAAAAUUUUCUAGAAGUGGAAGAUAUUUGUUAACAAGAGAUUACCUCACAGUCAACGUUUGGGAUUUAAAUAUGGAAAAUAGACCAGUCGAAACUUACCAUGUGCAUGAUUGUUUACGCUCAAAACUUUGUACACUUUACGAAAAUGAUUCGAUUUUUGAUAAAUUUGAAUGUAGUUGGAGUGGAGAUGACAGACAUGUCAUUACCGGCUCUUACAACAACCACUUUCGCACUUUUAAGCGAAAUUCCCAUGUUGAAUCAACCUAUGAAGCUAGUCUAGAAUUGUGUAAACCUUUCAGACAACCGCGAUUUGCUAAUUCAGACUUUACCAGUUCAGGAGGUAAAAAAAGUGGAAAUUCAGCAAAAACAAUUCCGGGUAGAAAACGGAAAGAAGAAAUUAGUGCAGAUUAUUUGGAUUUUAAUAAAAAGGUUUCUUUUAAUUUUAUUUUAUUGGGGAUUUUAAUUUCGAACAUUUUAUGGGUAAUUCGCAAAAAAUAUUCUAUUAAGUUCUGA